AUGUCGGGUCAGGCCCCCGAGGCAGGCGUCGCAGGGACACCGACCAACCCUCAGCUCGCGGCCGAGCAGCCUGUCCAGUCGAUUGAACAGGAUGGCGAUGCAAAGAGUCGCGAGAAUAAUGCCGGCACAGAAAAUAAAGGCGAUGAUACCGCCAAUACUCCUAGCGAAGCUCCGGCAGCAACAGCAACAGCGACACCAGCAGCAGCAGCUCCGGCGCAAUCAACCGUCAGCGAAGUUACCGCCGAUCAAUGGAGGUCCAUGAUGGAUGUAGUCAUGGCAAUCUACGAUUUCAGAGAAGAAGACGACUACGAUCCUUCGAGACUUUUCCAUCGCAGUGUCAACAAACGAUACGUCCCUGAUUACUACGAUAUCAUCAAAGAACCUAUGGCACUAAGUAUCUUGAAGCAAAAGAUCAACAAGCGGGAAUAUACCAAGUUUGAACAAUUUGUCCGAGAUUGCGCGCUGAUUACACACAAUGCGCAAACUUACAACAGACCCGAGUCGCAAGCCUACAGGGAUGCUCUUGUUAUUAAGGACGUUUUUAUCGGAGAGUUCAAGAAACUAGUCGACAGCGGCAUCAUCACAGCAGAAGCAGCAGAAAUGCCUGAUUUGGGCGAGAUUCCAGAAGCCGACCCACUCCCUGCCGAGGACGAGGAUGACGAGGAUGAUGAAGACGACGAAGAUGAUGAGGACGAGGAUUCUGACGACGGGGAUGGUCGAAGAAGACGACGCCGCGGUCCAGGAAGGAAAAAUACUUCGCAGAAUCCAGACCAGGAAGUCCGAAAAAAGCGAGGUCGACCUCCUCGUGUGGACACACCAAUGGAGGCCAGAAUCAAAGCGGUUUUGAAGGGACUACGGAAAUUCAAAGAUAAUACCGGCCAGCUUAAAGUGCGCCAUUUCGAGAGGUUGCCGGAUAAAGCAAUGUAUCCCGACUAUUUUAUGGAAAUCAGAGAACCCAUGGCCAUUGAUUCAAUCAAGCGAAAGUCAAAGCGAAAGAAGUACCACUCCGUGGAUCACUUCAUGCGCGAUGUUGAUACGAUGUUUAACAAUGCCAAAUCAUACAACGAGCCGAAUAGUCAGAUCUACAAAGAUGCGGAGGAUUUGCAAUUCGAGGCACACAAACUCGCCGAACAGGAGAAGAGAAAGCCAGACAGCGAGUAUUUGAUGGAAGACGGCCGGUUACCUUUGCCUCAGGGUAUCGUUCAUAAUGGCGAGCUGUGGAAAGUCGGUGACUGGGUGCAUAUACAGAAUCCAAACGAUGUGACGAAACCAGUCGUGGCUCAAAUCUACCGGACAUGGCAAGAUUCGGAGGGAGAGAAAUGGGUGAAUGCAUGCUGGUACUACCGGCCCGAACAGACGGUGCAUCAUUUUGAGAAGCAUUUCUAUCCCAAUGAGGUGGUCAAGACGGGGCAGUACCGUGACCACCGUAUUGAUGAAGUGAUUGACCGUUGCUUCGUCAUGUUUUUUACUAGAUAUAACCGAGGCCGGCCGCGAGGGUUCCCACUGGACAAGGAGAUUUAUGUCUGCGAAGCGCGGUACAACGAAGAGAAGCACAAAUUGAACAAGAUCAAGACCUGGGCGAGCUGCCUACCAGACGAAGUGCGUGAAAAAGACUACGAGAUGGAUCUGUAUGAUGUGCCGCGGCGUAUUAAGAAGAUUCCAAGCCCUAUCAAACAUUUACUUGCGCCGGACGCCAAAGAGACGGACGACGUGCCAAAACCGACGUGGGGAGCAGAGAAAGCGCCUCCAUUAGUAGGUGCGGUGCAUCGGCGUCCACGGGAUGAAAAUGAAUCUCCACCACCGGAGCCUACGCCAUCUCCGCCUCCGCAACCCAUGCACCGGCCUAGUCUUGCUGCUUCACUGCCUCAACAGUCUUCAAUGCCCCUACCAAUACAACGCGCGCCGCUUCAUCAAGACAGCGUCAGCCAGAGCCCGAUGGGAGCGGUCGGUAACAUUGCGCCAGUAAGGUCGCCGGCCGUCGGGGCACCUCUUCAAAUGGCAACCACCAAUAUCCCGGUGCAGCAAUAUCAAGCGCAGGCCGUUCCGAGCCCGGCGCCGUACUAUCAACCUCUACAAGCACGCACUGCCCCUUACGGUACCCCUUCAGCACACCCAAGCACAUAUCAAUCAACUCCAGUUCAACAACCCGUGGCAGCUGUUUCUUCCCCACAACCAUACCCCCAAACAGCCGCGCAACCAUACACUGCAAACCGUUACCCAGCACCAGCGCCAUCCCCAGCGCCAGCUCCAGCCGCACCAGUGUACAACCCCAAUGCGCCUCGACCUAUUGAAGUAUUCCAUCUGAGCGAUGCCGCGAACGCCGCGAUCCCAGCCGACGUUCGCUCUGAAUUUCACUGCGACGACCGCGGACGCGUCCUGUUCUUCUCAACCCCGCCAAUGGACAUGGUCUCUUCCGCUACAGUGGCAAAGAAGCAACUAAGCCAUUCCUUGAAAUACCUCGCCGCAAAAGCAGAACGGGAAAAGCAACGCAAACGUCGCCGCGAACUGGAUCAAGAAACUAUGAUGGACAUCGAUAAUCAUCCUAAACGCGCCCGCCUCGACACAGAGACAGAUACAAAAGAACCCAUCGAUCCCUCGCGCCUCACCACACUAAUCUCAAAAACAGUCUCCCUCCUCGCCAAAAGCAUUACGUCCGGCACAACCACAUUCUACAAUACUAUCUACACUAACCCGCAAAUAGCGACCGAAUACGCAGAAGCCGACGCACGAGAACGCGAACAAGACACCAAAGCGUACGCGCUCGCUAAAAAAGUAAGCGAGGAACUAAAAGAGGCGACUGUGGAUGAAUUCGCGUCUCGAGCGACGGAUCUGAGGCGUGCGGGUAUUUAUUUGGAGGAUGAUAAUUGA